AUGACUAUUUUUCUCCAAAUAAAUCCUCAAAAAAUUAAAGAGGAAUGGAAUGAUGAAGUUGUUAAUGAAGAAUUUGGAGAGAUUGAAGGAAGAGAAGAAGACUGGCAAUCUUCUUCCUCCAUUUUUCUUCCAAGGGUUUAUUCUAACGAUGCAAAAAUGGCAGCCAUAUUACUCUGUGAUGUUUUAGGUGUCCUUUGUAUUCUUCUAAAUGCUUUUGUAAUUAUUGCAUUAAUUCGAAAUCGUCGAAGAGUUUUAGUUAAUGUUUUUUAUGUUAUGGUACUUCAUUGUGCUAUUGUUGAUUUAAUUCGUGGCGGAUGUUUAAUUGCUUGGGGAAUGCCACAUUUAUUAAUAAAUCAAGUAACAUUAGUAAUAUUACGUUCAUGUAAUUUAUUAACAAUAUUUAAUUUACUUGUUUUUACAACAAAUGAAUUUAUUGUAAUUAAAUAUCCCUUGCAUUAUAGAAGAUAUUUUAGAAGAAGAAUUGUUUUAUUUAUUCUUGCAUUUUGUUGGCUAAUAAGUUUACUUUUUGGUAUUGGGUCUAUAUUUUCUAAUUUUUUUGAUUCUGCCCAUUCUUUGAUGGUUAGAAAAGAAAGUAUUUUACAAGAAAAAUUUGAGGAGGAAAAUGAGAAAGAAUUUAUUUUAAAUAAUCAAACAAUAUCUUCCUCUUUAUUUGUUCAUCAAAAAGAUUUUACUAGAAGACAAACUGGAGGAUUGUCUAUUAAUGUUUUGAGUAAUACAGUAUAA